CACUGUUGGUUGCAGGGACGCUGUCACACCCCGCUGCCAGCCCUGUCACCCCCGUGCCCUCGGAGGCUGCUCGUCCCGCGGGGGAAGGUGCCGGGAUGCCGGGAGAGCAGCCCCGGCCGCACCCAGCCGGGAGCGGGGCACACGGGGAGCCGGGGCAGCCCGUGAGCCGCAAGGGCAGCAGCGCUUCGGCGUCGGGGCUGAAGAAGCUCCUGUGCAGCCUGAGCCAGAGCACCAAGCAGCGCCUGGGCCGCUUCCGCUGCUACAGCAUGGAGCAGCUCCCGGCUCCUGGAGGCUCCCCGCCGGGCGGCCCCAGCCUCAAGAAGUCACCGUCCCUGCAGUCCCUGCAGCUGGUGUCACCCUUCUGUCAGCCCCAAAAAGCUGCCUCUACCCAGAGCCUGCAUGUCCAGCUGGGCAAGGCACCCCGUGCCAGUGCCUACCUCCUGCCCCAGACCACGGCUGACAGGAAGGGGGGCUCAGGGCCGCAGCGCUCGCUGAGCGUGGAGGACAUCGGGGCGCCCGGCCAGCUGCGCGCGGUGGGGCGCGUGGUUGAGGUCUUCCCUGAUGGCACCAGCCAGCUGGAGCUGCAGCGACCUCCCGACGGCGCCUUCGGGUUCUCCGUCACCUCCGGACACGGCCGGCCCGACACAGGUGUCUACGUGCAGGAGAUGGCGGAUGCCGGCACAGCCAAGCUCUACGCGGGGCUCCUGGGCGUGGGGGACGAGAUCCUGCAGGUCAACGGCGCGGCCGUCUCGGGGCUGGGGCUGGCCCGCAUCCGCCAGCUGCUGCUCCAGGCGGACACCCUGGCCCUGCGCGUGCUCCGGCACCGCCCCGCGCCACGGUAGCCCCGGCACGGCUCCUGCGAAGCCUGCAGGGAGCAGGAGGCUGUCCCAGUGUUGGGAGAAGGACGAUGUCCCGGUGAUGUCCCAGGAUGGCGUGGCAUGGACCAAGCUGCCUCACAGUGCCAGGACCUGCCCGGCUCCACAGCAGUGGGGGCAGGUGGCUCUCCUUGUCCCCCUAGGACAGAGUGUGGGACCAAGGACACCCCAGAAUCUCUAGGAGCUGCCUAAGUGUGGGGGAGAGGGGACAGCCUGGCCCCAACAGAGCUGGGUGGGUCUGUCCUGCUGGGCAUGACCAGCAUGGGGACACCCCAUCUGUGACCCCAGGAGACAGAGGGCUUCCUGCCAGCACUGCCACCUUGUGCUGGAGGGCUGAUGAGGUUCUUUUAAAUUAUUUCAAACUGAAAAAUACAUCUCUGCAAUAACAAAACAAUGCCCUUGGCUUGUGGCAUGGAGGGGCUGGGGUGGUACUUGUAGCCCUGGGGCCUUUGCUUCUUGUUUUCUCAUGGCCCUGCUGCUCCACCAGCCACCUCCUGACCCUGCUGGGGGGGCCCUGGGCAGGCAGACACGGGGCUCAGCCACCUGCAGGGCUCCUUGGGGGUUUUUUGGGAUUCUUUUUUCCAGCCGUGGAAGGCAAAACACGUCCUUGGAAUGACUGUCUCCAGCAGCAGUGGCAUGGCAGCAAUGGCUGCCCUCUGCACAGUGGUGCCCCACAUCUGGGUACAGCUGUCUGCAGCAACCUCACAGCUGGGCACAGCUGCCCACAAUGCUGAGGUGACCCCAGAAACUGCAGAUGCUGCUUAUGCCUCAAAAACCAGGAAGGUGAUGCCUGGCAAAUGCCGGUGGGAGAGCUCUUCCCACUCCCUGGUGCCAGCAGACCCUGAGCUUGUCCCGGGAGCAAGAGUCAGGCAAGAAGGAGCGGAGAUCUACGCUGCUGCACCUUUAUUUAGUGUUAAAGGGAGGGGCACCACCAGCGACAGAAAAGCAAACGUGUACGGGGAAAGGGAGCAGAGACACUCGGGUGGCUUGUGGUGAUAUCAGCAGCUGGGCCACCCUCUGGACUACCAAAGGAGCAGUCCUGCAUGGGAAUCGUUCCCGAAGGAUGCACAACCACGCUGCAAGUAACGCGGGGAUCAGAGGUGUGCAAACACCGGCAGCGAGCCCCGCUCCCUGGCCAGACCCGCGCUCCCGGGAACCUGCUCUUGGAGAGGUACAGACCCACGGAGUGGCACAGACACCGCUACAGCCAGCCUUGGAAAGCAAACAGCACCCAUCCCUGCAGGGAUGCUCUGCAAGGAUAAGGAGCUACUGGAAUCACGAGCGCGGGUGGGCGCCGAGGCACCACGUGUGCGUUACUGAGGAGCACCCGGGCGGGCGGGGAGGCUCCGUCCAGCCCCGCCCGGCUGCGGAAGGCACGGAGCCGCCGGCUGAGCAUCCAGCGUCUGCGGGAGGGACAGGGGGGCCACCCAGACCUCGCAGGGAGCCACGAAGCCG